AUGUCUAGAAGAAGAUUUGAUUGCCGGAGCCUCUCAGGCAUGCUGUCAACAUCCAUCCAAACUCCAAUAAAGACAGAAAACUUUCACAAUUUUUACAUGCUUACAUCUAAAGAAUUAGGAAGAGGAAAAUUUGCUGUGGUCAGGCAAUGUAUUUCAAAAUCCACUGACCAAGAAUAUGCAGCUAAAUUUCUAAAGAAGAGAAGAAGAGGCCAGGAUUGUCGAUCAGAGAUCCUACAUGAAAUCGCCGUGCUAGAAUUAACAGCAUCUAGUUCCCGUGUGAUUAAUCUCCAUGAAGUCUAUGAAACUUCAAAUGAAAUCAUUUUGGUGUUGGAAUAUGCUGCAGGUGGAGAAAUUUUCAAUCUAUGUUUACCUGACCUAGUUGAAAUGGUCUCUGAAAAUGAUAUCAUCAGACUUAUCAGACAAAUAUUGGAAGGAAUUUCUUAUCUACAUCAAAACAAUAUUGUGCACCUUGAUUUGAAGCCUCAGAAUAUCUUAUUAAGCAGUAUUUCUCCACUUGGAGACAUAAAAAUUGUAGAUUUUGGAAUGUCUCGGAAAAUAGGGAAUGCAUGUGAACUGAGAGAAAUAAUGGGAACUCCUGAGUACCUAGCUCCAGAAGUGUUGAACUAUGAUCCUAUUACCACAGCAACAGAUAUGUGGAAUGUUGGCAUAAUUGCAUACAUGUUAUUAAUGCAUACAUCUCCAUUUGUGGGAGAAGACAAUCAAGAAACAUACCUCAAUAUUUCUCAGGUCAAUGUGGAUUAUUCUGAAGAACUGUUUUCAUCAGUCUCACAGCUGGCCAAAGACUUUAUUCAGUGUCUUUUAGUAAAAAACCCAGAGGACAGGCCAACAGCAGAAGACUGUCUCUCUCAUCCUUGGCUCCAGCAACGGGACUUUGUAAACUUGUUUCAUCCUGAGGAAACUUCCUGUUCUUCUCAAACUCAGGAGCACACAGUCAGAAACUCAGAAGACAAAACCACUAAAUCUACUUGUAAUGGAACCUGUGGUGACCGAGAAGAUAAGGAGAAUAUUCCUGAGGACAUUAGUACGGUUUCCAAACGAUUUCGUUUUGAUGAUUCCUUGCAUAAUCCCCAGGAACUUGUUCCAGAUUUGUUGUGCUAGCAACUUUCUCUUCAUCAUUUGGACUGAAUUUAAAAUCCACUGCAGUGUUGAUAUGUUUUGUACUUUCGUGUAUAGUGUACUUACACUGAAAAUGCACUUUUGAUUUGGGGAAAGAUUGAAGGAAAUAUAUUUGUGUUAAAGUAUUGGUUCAUAUAUUAAUAGAUCUUGCUCCCUGUCUUGGAA